GUUCUCCUUAUCUCUCGGCAGACUGCAAAAUCCCACUUCCCUCUCUCUCUCUCUCCUCUUUCUCUCUCUAACAUGGCAAUGGCUGCCAACCUCUCUCUCGCUCCUAAAUACCUAAUAUUAUCUUCACGGCCCUCUCUCUCGCCUCUCCUCUACUCUCACCCUUUCGUCUCUGUCCCCAAUCGUGCUUCGUCUCGCUCGGCUCUUCAGAGGCUCUCCGUCAGGGCGGCGGCGGCGACCGACGGCGAGUACUCGGCCAAGAGGAGCAGCAGCAAUGAGCAGAGGGAGACGAUAAUGUUACCGGGCUGUGACUACAACCACUGGCUCAUCGUCAUGGAGUUCCCCAAGGACCCCGCGCCCACUCGCGAGCAGAUGAUCGAGACUUACCUCAACACUCUCUCUACUGUUCUUGGAAGCAUGGAAGAAGCAAAGAAGAACAUGUAUGCUUUUAGCACCACCACCUACACUGGGUUCCAAUGUACUGUAUCGGAAGAAACAUCUGAAAAGUUUAAAGGACUGCCCGGGGUUCUUUGGGUGUUGCCAGAUUCGUAUAUAGAUGUUAAGAACAAGGAUUACGGAGGGGAUAAAUAUAUUAAUGGAGAGAUAAUUCCUGGGAACUACCCUGUUUAUCAACCCAAGAAGCGAAGAGAACCAAAAUACGAGAGCAGAAGAUAUGAAAGACGACGAGAUGGCCCUCCUCCCGAGCAACGAAGGCCAAGACAAGGAGCAGCUCAGUCUGAAUCAGCCUCUUGAUUCUUGAUGGGUUAAUUGAAGCGUGGAUCUAAAUACAGACAUAUCAUGCACUAUUGUAGUUUCAAGAGCAGCGCUCAACCAUUGGUAGUCACAUUUGUUGACAGAUUUUUGUUCAGCCUGGUGUUCAACUUGGGAGAGAAGUAGUGCAGUAUUGGGCUUGUUUUAGAAACCUUGUUGGUUGAGAAAUGUAUAAUUGAUCAAAGAUUUGCACCAGAAUUGGGAUAUAACUUUUGUUAGAUCAAAUAUAAUGUUAGCGUUUUGUUUGCUUGAUUUA